UCCCGUGCGAGUAUCGCCUCUCUCGAGGGGGGAGGAUCACGUGACGCUAAGAGACACACGGCAUGGCUACCCCCGAGCUGUUUAUUAUUUUGCCAACAGUCAAGGUUGAACCAACGAUCACAGGCAGUUCUCCACGAGGACACGUGGCGAGCAACAUACCGAGGGCGCUCCGGAGUUAUCCGGAGAUAAUAGAGAUCGUCGCAUGAAUCAGAUUGCCAUGCCUCGUCUUAAGGUGCUACUCUCUAUAUGCAGCUUCUUCUGUCUUUUGAAUUCUUGUUAUUCCAUUUUCCUAGAUGAUUUGUUUGGAUCUUCUGCGAUACAAUGUCAAUUUGGGACAUUUAAAUGCAAGUCUAGGGAUAUAUGCAUACCGUCAAGAAAGCGAUGCAAUGGUAAUAGUGAUUGUGAAGAUGGUUCGGAUGAGGAAAACUGCACCGAGUACAACGAGUACAAGAAAGAUGUGGAUACCGAACGGGGAGGUUCCUUAAAGUGCGACGAAAAUCACUACCAAUGCACCCAUUUACAUGAGUGCAUACCGGCAGGAAAGUUUUGCGAUCAAGUGACAGAUUGCAUUGAUGAAAGCGAUGAAUAUGACAAAUGCGAGCAUGACUUGCGUUGUGUCAACCAAUUCCGGUGUAACAACAGUUAUUGCGUACAUAAAGAAUGGGUUUGCGACGGCAAGAGUGACUGUUCCGAUGGCAGCGACGAAUGGAAUUGCACAGGUAAAACAGGCUGUAAAAUAGAGAAUUCCCAAUUUUUGUGUGCAAAUAAUCGAUGCUUAGAUUUUAACGCCGUAUGCAAUAAAAGAAAUGAUUGUGGCGAUGGAUCAGAUGAAGGUGUCGAUUGUACAUUACCUUGCCUUAAAAAAUGCGAUCACGAAUGCAAGCAAAUUCCUAAAGGAAGGGGCGUAUGCACCUGUAAACGGGGAUAUAGAUUAAAAGAUGAUAAUCAUACUUGCAUAGAUAUCGACGAAUGUAAAAUUUACGGUAUAUGCGAUCAAAUAUGCGUGAAUUCUCCAGGAUCCUAUAGUUGCGCAUGUCAAAAGGAAUAUUUCCUGGAUAACGAUAAGAGAACCUGCAUAGCGCAUGCUGGUGAGGCUUUGUUGGCGUUUUCUACAACAAAAGAAAUCAUAGGGAAGUAUAUCAAUUCGAAUGUGAGCUUUACACUCGCGUCAAAUUUAACUCGUGCAUCCGCAGUUGCUAUGAAUGGACGCGACCACCUUUAUUGGGCGGAUAUUGAAAACGGCGACGAAGUUAUUAUAAAAAGAAUUCCUUAUGAACCGCACGACGUUAUCGUUACAACAGGCUUGCAGAAAAUCUCGGGGAUAGCUGUGGACUGGAUUACAGAGAAUAUAUAUUUUACGGAUUCGAUUUACGGUCGUAUUGGAGUUUGCGACAGUAAUGGCAUAAAUUGCACUGUGUUAAUCGAAAAGAUUAGUCUCCCAACUGGAAUCACUUUAUUACCAACUCGUGGAAACAUGUAUUGGUGCGAAGCGGGUUUCCGUGCACGUAUAGCAGUGGCGGGUAUGGACGGCCGAAACGUCCAGACACUUGCUACUAAAACAAUGAAUUGGCCAACAAGCUUGACCAUUGACUAUCCGACUGAACGAUUAUAUUGGGUGGAUGUCAAGUUACAGAUGAUCACGUCAAUGCGUUUAGAUGGCACUGAUCGAAGAUUGGUACUACAUGAUAUGAUUAACGAGCCAUUCUCCUUGGCAGUCUUCGAAAAUAAAUUAUAUUGGACCGACUCGGAAUCUAAUAUGUUACAGUCUUGCGAUAAAUUUUCUGGAAAGAAUUGGCGUAUCUUACAUCGAACGUUUGAUGAUCUUUCUGGUGUACACAUUGAUCACUCAGCGAUAAAGCCCCAAAUUGAAAAUCCAUGUAAGUCCAAACCGUGUUCUCAAUUGUGCCUGCUGAAUCAAGAUAAAGGAUACACGUGUGCCUGUACGUUAGAUAAGGCAUUAGACGUUGACAAGAAAACUUGUCGAGAGAAGAAACAGCGUUUGCUGAUCAUUACAAGAGAGUCAUUUACAACUUAUUAUCGUGGAUUGUUGGGAAAGCCGAAAACGAUAAAUUACUCACUCCGCAGUAUUAAUGUACAUAAUAUACAGUCCAUACGGCACUUCAUUUCUGAUCCGAUCUCUGGUCGAGUAAUGAUAUUUUAUGAUGUAUUACCAUGCUGGUUCACGCUCUAUAAUCCGGUCAGCAAUCUUUUUGAAGAACCGAGGGUUUGGAACAAUUUUAGCAUGGCAGAGAUAGCAUUUGAUUAUAUUGGCAAUAACUUGUAUCUACCAGUCAUGUUGAACCGCUCUAUCGAGGUACAAAACAUAAAAACCCAGGCCAUAACGAAAUUGUAUCUCAAAGAUGCUCCGAUGUCUAUUGCAUUGGCACCCGAAGAAAGCAAGAUGUUCGUUUUGCUUCAAACAUGGGACAAAAAUUAUCGUAUAAGGUUUGCAAUAUAUGAGAUGAGAAUGGACGGACUCGGUGAAAGAAAGCUAAUUAAGGACAACACAGGACUUGUAUUAAUGUACUACGACAGAGACAGUAAAACGCUCUUUAUAUAUGAAAAGUCCCAUGGUAACAUUUUGUCGUACUCGGAAAGUACAGGCACACGUGUCCGUCGCACUGGAUUCACAAAACCGUUUACGAGCUUUGCUGUUGCUGAUAACCAGUUGUUUUGGACUGAACUUUCUAGGACUGAAUCUCCAACAUUACACUGGCUACAUUUAAAUUUACCUAAAAAUUCAUUUCCGAUAGGCCGUCAGUUUUUAAAAAUUAACGGAAGCAGUACACGAUCAUCGUUGUUUGUGGUAACUUUGCGCAAUGAUGUCAAAUCGGAGCAUGGUUGUCAGAAAAAUAAUGGAAAUUGCUCACACGUGUGUUUGGUUUCCUCUGCCACUUCGUUUACUUGUGCUUGUCCUCCCGAAAUGGAGCUAUCAAAUGACGAUCGUACGUGCAUCUCGCAUCACAAAUGUCCUGAGAAUGAAUAUAAAUGCAGCGAGCACAAAUUGUGCAUUAAAAAGGAGCAGUUGUGCGACGGUAUCGUCAAUUGCCCGAGCGGUGAAGACGAGACGAUAGACUGUAAGAAAAAGCAGGGGGGUUGCAAGGAAGAUGAAUUCACGUGUAAAAACGGCGAAUGCAUCCGUUCGAAAGAUCGUUGCAACUCGUAUUUCAAUUGUGCGGAUCGAUCGGACGAGGAGAAUUGCGAGCAUCCGAAGUGCACAAGCGGUGAAUUUCAAUGUUAUGACGGGACUUGCAUCCUGCUUUCAAAAGUAUGUAACGUCCACUUCGAUUGUCCCGAUCUUAGCGAUGAGACACCCGAUAGUUGCAACCUGGUUACGUGCCGUCCGGAUCAAUUCAGGUGCAACGAUCGUAAAUGCAUUCCGAUCGGGUUUUUAUGCGACGGCGAUUCCGAUUGUGGAUUUGGAGAGGAUGAAGCACCCGAGAAAUGUCAUCGAAAUGCGAAGCUCAAGGUCGUGGAGGUCAAGGUCUGUCCAUCUGGGUUUUACCGGUGUGUCAAUGGUAAUUGCAUAUCUGCUGCGCUGCAGUGCGACCGCAUCAACGAUUGCGGCGAUAACAGCGACGAGAGGCACUGUUUAUUUACAUCAAGUCGUUCGUUUAAUUGCACCUUGGGUGAAUAUCGCUGUUUGGACACUGAUAAAUGUAUCCGAAAAGAAUUAAGAUGCGACGGCGUAAGUAAUUGCCCGAAACACGAUGACGAACACAACUGCAACGAAUGUUUCGAGCAUGAAUUUUCCUGCGGCAAUAACAAGUGCAUACCGGAGAGUUGGGUAUGCGAUGGAAAAUCAGAUUGCAAUGACAAGUCGGAUGAGAUGAGGUGCGACGGCAGUAGACAGAUUUUCAACAAAUCUGGCAUAUGUACCGAUUUCCAAUGUUCUGUCGGCACUUGUUUGUCGUACGAUAAAGUAUGCGACGGUAUUGGAGACUGUAUAGACGGCAGCGAUGAAGGCAGGGCAUGCCAGCGCGCCUGUGCGGUCGACAAUUAUUGUAAAGGUGUAUGUUACAAGACACCAUCAGGCCCAAUUUGCGGGUGUCAAAGUGGAUAUCGUUUGGCUAACGAUACGAUUUCUUGCGAGGACAUAAACGAAUGCGAAUACGAUAUCUGUGCGCAAAUUUGUCAAAACACCAUGGGCUCUUACGAGUGCUCCUGCUACAACGGAUAUGUUAUCCGUAACGACAGGGUUUCUUGUAAAUCUGCCGCAACAACGCGAAUGGAAUCGAUCUUCAUCACUGAGAAGGAUAUUCGGAAGGUCUCGAAUCGUUUUCAUACAAGCGAACUGGUUCAUACAUUUGCGAGCCCGAGUAUAAGCGGCUUCGACGAGAUCAAUGGCUUUGUUUAUUGGAGCGACGAUGAAUUCGGCACUAUUAACAAAAUCAAUGUUAAAACGAAGGAGGUGAUCACAGUUUACGAUGUCAUUCAUCCGCAAGCACUCGCAGUCGAUAGCAUUACUGACAAUGUCUACGUCAUUGAUAACAACCAUCCGAAUACGAUUAAUGUAUGCGAUUUGGAGAAGGAACGAUGUGCGACGCUGGUCAAGAUAAAAGAUAAGGCGAAAGCAACGUCCCUCGUAAUUGACUACACUAACAAAUUGCUAAUCUGGUCACAAGUCACUUUGCAAGCGAAUCAGUCGCAUAGCGAGAUAUGCCGGACAAACCUAAUGGGCGACGACAUGAAGAUUAUUAACUCUGAUGUAGGCUAUGUGGCCACAAUAGCAAUCGAUCGUAUAAAAUCUAAAAUAUAUUGGUUGAACAAUUUCAAGAAAACCAUCGAAUCGUCUGAUUUGGAUGGGAGUCGACAUUGGGUGUUUAUGCGAAUCAAAAUGGUCUAUCCACCAAAGAUCUUUAUUCAUGACCAAGAACUUUAUUGGAUUACGGGCACGAGAGGUGAUACGUAUGUAUGCAAGCUGUACGGUACAAAAGAGUGUGGUGUCCAAAGCACCUCGCAUCCCGCCUCGAGUGAUAUUAACAGUCCUUUAAUUUAUCUUCAUAUUACCAGUGGACCUUCCGAUAAGAAUCCUUGCGACGGAAAGUCUUGCGAAUAUAUGUGCGUUCAGGCGAAUGACAACGCGAUGUGCAUUUGUUCAGAUGGUAAACCGAUGAAUUCUAGUGACACUUGUGCGAAUAAGUUGCAGCAUGUUGCUGGAAUUAUCAGCUCGUCAAAGAACACACGGAAUGCGACUGGCAUCUACAGCGUAACAAUAAUCGUACUGCUGAUCGGUGUCCUGGUAUUAUGCAUUUUCUAUUACUAUCAGAAAUACAGAUUAAAAUCAAAAUCAGCAGACGAUUAUAGCAGCAACAGCAGCAUUCGCUUCCAAAAUCCGUCGUACGACCGAAGUGAUGAGGUUGAGGUAAUAAUGAACUCCAUAAUCACAGAGAACUUAGCUCCAGGAGAACAUGAAUAUACUAAUCCGAUCGAUGAUAACAUUGUCAAGGCUGCAACGGCAAGUAGCGACGCACCGAGGUCAGAUUUAUGCGUGGAGGAAAGAUAUUGAAGAAAUAGAAAAAGAAAAUGUAAUUCACGCAUACAAAAUAAGUAAACAGUCUCGAGAGUUAAUAAGGAAAAAUUAAACUUAUUAGAUAAUAAGAUUAUAUGACGUUAAAGAAUUUCUUAAUGUUUAAGUGUUAUAAAUGUCAAGAUGCUAUUGUGAAUAUGCUUAUAAAUGAAAUGUGUAUAUAUACAUAUAUAUAUACACACAAUUCAAUCACUUGAAUAUACUUGAUCGCUGUACAAUAUCAGAUUGGUUACGAUAUGUAUGGCAGUGAUUUACAUCAAACAUGAAUACUUUUUAGUCAACACGUAAUUAUUCGGAAUAGUGUAAAGUAAAAUACGUCUAUGAAAUAUGUAUUUAUUCUCACGUGUUUUUGUGUGUUCUACUUCAAAUUUGCAGCACGCUCAAGUGUGAUAAUGUAAUUUUUACACAAGCCUGUAGGCUAAGAAUUUGUACAUACAUUUGUUUAUAUAAACAUCAACAUUAUGUAUAUUCUCAUACAUGAUUUUCUAUAAAUUGUCUAGUGUAUUAUACUACGCCAUAAAAAUAUAUAUAUGAAUACUGCUUUUACAAUUUUGUAAAAUAUAUAAUACACUGUAAAAAGGA